AUGGAAAAGCUGGUUCUUGCGCUACUACACGCCUCUCGAAAGCUGCGCCGGUACUUCACAGACCAUGUGAUAACUGUGCUUACAAACUUCCACAUCGGCACUAUACUGCAAAAGCCUGAGACAUCAGGCAGGUUGGCAAAAUGGGCCAUUGAACUAGGAGGCCAUAACAUCUUGUACAGGCCACGUCCAGCCAUUAAGGGUCAGGUCCUAGCCGACUUCAUCACAGAAGUGCCGGCCGAUAAAAUCAAGGAGUGCGAGCUGAUAGAGACUCCCGAGAAAGAGGCAACAGAUGAAACUUGGAUGCUUUACACCGACGGGGCAUCAAAUGAAGAUGGCGCGGGAGCAGGAUUGCACCUAGGAGAAGUCAUGGCUUUGUAUCUGGAACAAGCGAAAGAAUUGCUCCAACAAUUAAAAUCUCACAAGGUUAUACACAUCAAUCGCUCCGAAAACAAGCCAGCUGAUGCCUUGAGCAAGCUUGCCUCGACCUCCUUUCAACAUCUUGCCAAAGAUGUAAGGAUAGAGGUACUCAAGAAUCCAUCGGUGCUGCUGCGACAAGUGAACGUGAUCGAAACGGGCCAACCUUCAUGGAUGACCCCGAUAAUCCAGUACUUGCAAGAAGGGGUACUCCCUGAAAACAAAGCGGAAGCGAGGAAGAUCCAAAACAAAGCCCUACAAUAUGAAAUGAACGGCGGUAUUUUGUACCGAAAAUCCUUCCUGGGGCCACUACUGCGCUGUGUAGACCCCCAGGAUGCGAACUACCUGAUAAGGGAGAUCCAUGAGGGGAUCUGCGGCAUUCACUCCGGGCCACGGGUGGUUGUCGCAAAGAUCAUGAGCGCCGGUUACUACUGGCCUGGUAUGCAUGUAGACGCGCUGAAGGAGAUCCGCAAAUGUGACUCUUGCCAGAGGCAUUCUCCAAAAACACUUCGCCCCAAGAACGAUCUUAUCCCUGUAUCCACUGUAUGGCCCUUCCAGCAGUGGGGAAUUGACAUGGUGGGACCCUUCCCGGAUGCUCCCGGCGCCGUAAAAUUCAUCAUAGUGGCUGUCGAUUACUUCACAAAGAGCAUAUCCGUUUUGUUGUCCGCUUCAUUGUCAAUUGUGUUGACCGCUGUCAUGCGUGGUGAGGGUAGGCCAAUCUCCGCCGGGAUAACCGCCUCUGAGCCAUAA